AAGAACUAAACACUGCAGGAAGUGAGUCGUUCACUGAGAAGAGUCGUUCUUUAUGAACAAAUCGUUCACUCACGAGCAAAUACUAGGUCACAACAAGAUGGCACCCUCCGGACGCAGCCAUGCCAACGGCAAGGCUUGUGUUAUUCCUGGAGGAUUUGCAGUGUUGCCCUUGAAGUUUAAAGCAGACAUGAAAUCUGAACACAAAUUGUACGUGAAGGAGCACAAAGUUCGGUCAGAGACAGGUUCCCACCGACCACUCGACAGGACGUUGUUUGUCCUCAACAUACCGCCAUAUUGCUCCGAGAAAGUCGUCAAUGAAUUGUUCUCACAAUUUGGCUCUGUUAAAUCCGUGGAGUUGGGUGAUCACCCGGGCGCAUUCCGCCAAUCUGAACCGAAACUGUCCAAAUUCUUCAAACCGGCUGAAAAACAGAGUUUCAAAGUUGGUUACAUCGUGUUCAAAAGUCCCUCCAGUAUUGCAGCAGCUAAGUCGCAUCCCUACAAUGUGCCUUUGGUGGUCUGCUCAACAGGGCGUACAGUUAAGACUGGUAUACAAAAAUGGAUCCAACAGUGCAAAGAUUCCAUCGUUCCGCCGCACAUCCUUCAAAAUGUAGUCGAUGAGUUCAUGAAGAAUUUUGACAAGACGAAAGAAGAGGAAGCGGAGCGCCUGAAGGAGGAGGAGGAGAAACAAAAAGAGGAUGAGGAGGGCUGGGUGAAAGUCAGCAGGGGGCAAAAGGGUAGUAAAGCGCGUCCCCACAGUGAGGCGGCCAACAAAAGGACCUUGCAGAAGGAAAUGAGGAAGAAGAAGAGGAAGGAGCUCUUGAACUUCUACUCUUGGCAGCAUAAAAACACACAGAAAGAACAUAUUGCUGAACUCAGGAAAAAGUUCGAAGAGGACAAACAAAGAAUAGCGCUCUUCAGGGCUCAAAGAAAGUUCAGACCAUAUUAAAGCAUCUGACUUGUAUAUAAUUUACUUGAGCUUCGUCAUGUAUAACUUGUCAUAGGUUCAUGCCAUAAAGGAAAGUUUUGAUUUGUAAUGUAGCUACUAAUUUCUCCAAAUAAACUGAUACUAAAUGCU